AUGGGUACCCCGGCGAAACCAGGCGGUGCUGACGGCGGCGGGCCACCCGGCAGUGGCGCCAACGACGCGGAUCCCGAGCCAUAUGAGCUUUGCGGGAGCUUGAACCCUAGCGAGGCGACGGAGAAUGUGGAGCUGCAAUAUUCAGUGGAAUACGUGAUGGCCAGAGCCUUCGUCGCGACGGUGAAGUUCGCGCCAUUGUGUGCACCAGCGCGAAAACAUCGCGCCCCGCCCACAGCCCAAAACUUUGGCGCCGGCGGCCAUUCCCGCAAUCGGCGCCUCCCGCCAGGUCAUCGAUCCGCGGCAUCCGUCCCCCGGAUCGCAAUCUCAACCGUGCAUUCCAUCUGCAUCGAACGGCAGCAACGCGCCUCCUCCCACCUCUCGUCCACCUUAAAAUCCCCUCCCCACAUCCGGCAAAUCUCACAACACAAUUCACCACCGCUCCUCAACCUCCUCCGUCCGCUCGCAGCUCGAACCAAGGAGAGACCGUCAGCCAUGUCCGGCCGCGGCAAGGGAGGCAAGGGGCUCGGCAAGGGCGGCGCCAAGCGCCACCGGAAGGUGCUGCGCGACAACAUCCAGGGCAUCACCAAGCCGGCGAUCCGGCGCCUCGCUCGGAGGGGCGGCGUGAAGCGCAUCUCCGGCCUCAUCUACGAGGAGACCCGCGGCGUGCUCAAGAUCUUCCUCGAGAACGUCAUCCGCGACGCCGUCACCUACACGGAGCACGCCCGCCGCAAGACCGUCACCGCCAUGGACGUCGUCUACGCGCUCAAGCGCCAGGGCCGCACCCUCUACGGCUUCGGCGGCUAGGCUCUUCCUCGCCACCCCACUGCAGAUCCCGAAAGUUUGAUGAUACCGCGACUUGUGUAGUUCGCUAGUUCCUCUGUAGUUCGCUAUUUCCUCUGUAUUUCGUACUGAAUCGUGCAGCAAAGUUAUUCGCAGUUUGUUAGAAAUCAAACAUGUCUCUGAAA